AUAACUCACGCCAUAUACUGUAAGUUCUAAAUAUAUGUACACGCACAUUGGAUAUAUUUAGCCCAUAUCGUAUGUGGUGUGACUUAUUAAAACAUAUAUCAAAAAUGGACACUAUCUAUUACCCGCUUGUUGUUUUUCUUAUUUUUGAAAACCUGAUAGGUCUAGGUUGUUUUAACCCGUGCAAGAAUCAUACAAUUGUGAAUGACUCAACGAGAUUGACUUCAAUCACUAAAGUUUCUAACGAGUCGGCACUAUGUGACAAUUUUGCACCAGGAUGGUAUCGAUUUGGCGCUACAUUAAAAGGUGCUAUGACAACCGAAUGUCCAGCUGAUUCGCAAUGUGGUUCAGAUAUGCAAAUCUGGAUAAAUGAUACAUUACCGACGACAACUGAUGACAUAGUUAAAAAACAAAUAUGCGUCAAGACUGAUUCAGAAUGUUGUGGUAUGGAGAGGCAAGUAAGAAUUAAAAACUGCACAAAGUACUUUGUAUACUUCUUAGUACCUUCCCCAGCAGACCUGUGUGCGCGCUAUUGUAUGCAAGACAUUGACGAUUGUUUGAGUUCUCCGUGUCAGAAUGGAGCAACAUGCAUUGAUGGGCUGAAUGGGUACAAUUGUAGCUGUUUGGAUGGAUGGAAAAGUGUUAACUGUGAACAAGAUAUUGACGAAUGCGCAAGUUCUCCUUGCCAAAAUGGGGCGUCAUGUAACAACCAACAUAAUGCGUAUACAUGUACAUGCGCUGGCGGUUGGAAUGGAACAAACUGUGAAAAUGACAUUGACGAAUGUUUGAGUUCUCCGUGUCAAAAUGGAGCAACUUGCAUUGAUAGGCUAAAUGGGUACAAUUGUAGCUGUUUAGAUGGAUGGAGAGGUGUUAACUGCGAAAAAGAUACAGACGAAUGCGCGAGUUCUCCUUGCCAAAAUGGAGCGUUAUGUAACAACCAAGUAAAUGCGUAUGUAUGCACAUGCACUAGCGGCUGGAAUGGAACAAACUGUGAAUAUGACAUUGACGAAUGUUUGAGUUCUCAAUGUCAAAAUGGAGCAACAUGCAUUGAUGGGCUGAAUGGGUACAAUUGUAGUUGUUUAGAUGGAUGGAGAGGUGUAAACUGCGAAAAAGAUAUUGACGAAUGCGCGAGUUCUCCUUGCCAAAAUGGAGCGUCAUGUAACAAUCUUCUAAAUGCGUAUGUAUGUACAUGCACUGGCGGUUGGAAAGGAACAAACUGUGAAUAUGAUAUUGACGAAUGUUCGAGUUUUCCGUGUCAGAAUGGAGCAACAUGCAUUGAUGGGAUAAAUGGGUACAAUUGUAGCUGUUGGGGUGGCUGGACAGGUGAUAAUUGUGAACAAGAUGUAAACGAAUGCUCGAGUAUUCCAUGUCAGAACGGAGCAACAUGCAUUGAUGGCUAUAACCAAUACAGUUGCGCUUGCUUGGAAGGAUGGUCAGGCGUUAACUGUGACAAAGGUGCAAAACUGGAUAUUUCUAAUCAAUCAUGUACAAAUUUCACACAUGCUAAACCUUGCAAAAAUGGUUCACACUGCGAAGAAGAGAACGGAAUACCAACCUGCAAACAAAACCCAAAACAUGAGACAAAAGCGUCUUCUAAGAUGAACGUAAUUAUAGCAGCCUCUCUUGGUGGUGCCUCGGUAUUUGUCAUCAUCCUUGUCACCACAAUAUGCUGUAUCAGAGCAAGAAGGAAAAUGCGCACGAGACGACUUGAGCUGCGUGUAGAUAUACAUUUACAGGCGCGUUAUUGAUACGGCAAUAAUUUCGCUGGCUAAUAAAAAUUCCGUGGUGACAUAUUUAGUGGCACUUUUAACAUACAGCGCAAAUACUCCUACAUGUUGUAUAUUUAAUUUAGUGACCAUACUUGUUUUGACUUGAGAUAAAUAUACGCAUGGAUAUUCGCGCAAUUAAUAUCUGGAACCUUUCAGAAUGAAAUUGACAGUUAACACAUCUAACAAACUGGAAUCCAUAGAGGAAAAUCAACUAGCAAAACUACGGUGCCCCUAAAGUGACAUGUUACACACUUUUUUCCACUUAGGUAAUGAGAGACUUUUUAUUAU